GUUUGUUUUGGUAUGGAGACAGAGGAACUGUUACCCCAUUUCUCAAUUUAUCUUUAUUUCUUUUUCAUUUCUUAUUUUUCUCUUUCUUUUCUCUUUUUUGUACAUAUAUCCUCAUACCGUCACCAAAUAAGAAAAAAUGACGGAAAAGUCUUUACUUACGGGGAAGACAGAGCCUGUAAUUGUUACAAAGAUUGGUGCAAAGUAUGUUGCUUACUCGCAUACAAUAUGUGCCUACAGUGCAUUUUUCGUUGCACUUGGGGUUGCUUGUUAUACACAUUAUUACAAAAUCGUACAAAAUGAAUACUUUGGAUAUCCAGAUGAAUGGUUUCCUAGUGUAAGUGCUACAACGGGUGAUAGAUACCCUGCCAGGGCACUUUUUCAAAUUUUGAUUGCCUUGACUUCUGGACCUAGAUUUGCACUUGUAUUUUUAUGGUACCUUUACAUCACAAAAUCAGCAAAGACAUCAUCAAAAGGAUUUGGAUUGUUUUUAUUAACUGUGGGUAUUGUUCGUACAGUGGCUUGUGGUGGUUGGGUCUAUAUCACUUCUACAGACGACCAUUUAACUCAUGAUAUUGCAAUGGUACUUUAUCUGUUAUGCACGUUACCUUGGCAAUUGGGUGUGUUAUAUUCAAGCUCAAAGGAAAACGAGACUGCUGUUAAGUGGAGAAAAUUAUUGACAUCUGCUUUCUUUACUACUUUGCCUCCAAUGAUUUAUUUCUUUAUACAACACAAGGUUCAAAAGAUUCCAGGAGCUUACACAACAUAUGCAUUUUUUGAAUGGUCAUUAAUCAUCUAUGACGUUGCUUUUGAUGCAGUAAGUGCAAUUGAAUUUCAAAACUUUGAAUUCUCUGUCGCGGAUAAGACGGGUAAUUCUUCAGCUCAAGAAUCCACGGUGCCGUUUGCCUCAAAUGUCGAGUCAAGCAUCUCACCAUCCACAAUGCGUGCACUGACAUCGUUCGCAGGCUUUGCAUCUGAGACUUAUUUAGCCUUUGUAUUUUGGUCAAUGCUUACAUCAUUAACAUUACUAAUUUGGUACUUCCCCUUAUGGUAUAUGGGAAUCUCUGGUUUUGAAGCAUUUCUUCUUAUCACAUUGUUACCCAUUAUUCUCGGCAUUGCACCUUUGAGACGUUUAUUUGCCAGAUACCGCGGUGUCUUUCAUCUGAUAUCUUUAGUAGGUGUUGCUUCUUAUUUAAAAGCAGACCCUAUCUGGCGUUUAUCAAUGACCGCAUUUGGUAUUGGAAUCAGUUUAUGUACUUGGACAGCCACAUGGAUUGAAUCUAAUCAGCAUACUGGCAACUUGGAACGUUCCGCCAUCAUCUGGAUUCUCGGUCUUAUUUUAACCAACGUUGUCAAGAUGGCCUGGUUUACAGAAAACCCAAUCUGGCCUAUUAUGCAUAAAGAAAAUGGCGGCUUAAACGAUAUUGGUAUUUUCUUGGGCGUUAUUGCUUCAGUAGAGGUUCUCAUUCGUGAUAGCACUAGUCGUCGCUCUGGUGAGACUGGUAAAUUUGUGAGCUCCAUUCAAAAGACUAAACAAUUUGGAAGUUCUCUUCUGGCCUCUUCUGGCUUUGGUGCUGUUUUAUUUGCUUUGCAUUCCAUGUUCACUGACUCUUCUACCAUUAUGCGUUGGACAGUAGAUGGAUAUCCUAACUAUGGUCCUGAACCUGUUCCAUGGGGUGUCGCAACAAUUGCAGCACUUUCUCUUGGUCUUUUAAUUGCUCCUUAUCGUCGCUUCACAACCAGUUUUGGCUGGUACUUAAUCGGCAGUGGUGCUUGCGCCAUCUUUUAUAUCUACUCAGCUUGGACAGCUUUCUAUGGUGGUCUUGUCAUGGGUACUUAUUUCAUUUCCAUCACACCUGCCAUGAUUCGUGGUAUUUCUACUCAACCUACCUUCAAGACUAUGUUAUAUUCCUUUAUGAUUUACAAUCUCUUAUGUUUGGCUCAUGUCUGGGUAGUCGCCUACGAAUUUGUCCCUGGAGGAGUGUAUGCACGUGAGCGUACUGAUGUUAUUCUUUUCACCCUGAUGUGUCUUACUGGUUUGGGUGUUCUGAACGCCAACAGACAAGCCGUGCAGGAUGUACAAAAGAAAAUGGCUCAGUUCCAUGUUUUGCGAAGCGCACGUGCCAUGGCUCGUAUUUUUGUUGCUGGUUUAUUUGCUUUAUCUGCACUUGUUGCUUCCAAUCGCGUAGCGAAUGCAAAGACACCUGUGCCAUACACAACUACCGAGAAAUCUUUUACAGCUGCUAUUUGGACAAUUCAUUUUGCCUUGGAUAAUGAUAUGUGGGCAAGUGAGCAUCGUAUGCGUGAUGCUAUUCGUGACUUAGAGUUGGAUGUUGUUGGUUUACUUGAAUCGGACACUAUGAGAAUUAUUAUGGGUAACCGUGAUUGGGCUCAAUCUAUUGCUGAAGAGUUAGGUUACUAUGUUGAUUUCGGUCCAUCGAGUAUGAAACAUACUUGGGGUUGUUUGAUGCUUUCAAAGUUCCCUAUUAUUAAAUCGGAGCAUCAUCUAUUACCUUCUCCUGUCGGAGAACUUGCUUGUGCUAUCCAUGCUACCUUAGAUGUAUAUGGUCAACCCGUUGAUUUCAUUGUCAGUCAUAACGGGCAAGACGAGAACUACGAGGAUAGAAUUCAACAAACAACAGAAUUGGCACGCAUCAUGCGUACCAGUCCCAACCCAUUUGUUUUCCUUGGCUAUGUCGUCACGCAACCACGACAAGAGAUCUAUCAUUUGCUGUUUGAUCAAGGAGACAUCAGUGAUAUUGACCCAACGGAUUGGGAUCGAUGGUGCGAAUACAUUGGUUAUCGUGGACUGCGUCGGGUUGCUUAUGCUCGUAUUAGUCAUGGUGGUAUUACAGACACUGAAAUUCAGUCCGGUAAAUUCCAGUUGGUCGAUAAUCCUAAAGACUUUUGGAAGGCGUCUUAUGAUCGCAUUCAUGAAUCACAAGUCACUCCUGCAUUGCGAUACCCAUCCAUGUUCUACGGUCAAGGUGUGCGUGGUCAUCGCUACCAUGUAUUCAAUGAACCUCGCUACUUUUUAAAUUAAUUCCUCCCAUACUUUCACAUUCAUAUAUUUUAAUACAACAAUAAAUUAACAUAAUUUUUAUUAAUACAAACCUA